GAGCCGGAGCGGAGCAGCUCCGGGCUCAGCCUUCUCCCGCACUGCCCUCUCCCUCCCUUUCCUCAAUGUAGGCCUCGUCCUGCAAACCGGACGAGGUUCGCUGUCAUCUGUUCAUUGCAUCGAUUAGAAUUAAUUCGCCGGGGUCUUGAGCUGGUCAGCUCGCCUUGCCGGAAAACGAUUAAAGAUGGGAAACCGUGGGAUGGAGGAGCUGAUCCCUCUGGUCAAUCGGAUGCAGGAUGCUUUCGCUCAGAUUGGACAGAAUGCCAAUCUGGACCUACCCCAGAUCGGGGUGGUCGGAGGGCAAAGCGCCGGGAAAAGCUCCGUGCUGGAAAAUUUCGUCGGAAAGGACUUCCUUCCUCGUGGAUCUGGCAUCGUCACUCGGAGACCACUCGUUCUUCAGCUGAUCAACGCACCAACAGAGCAUGCAGAGUUCUUGCAUUGCAAAGGGAAGAAGUUCACAGACUUUGAUGAAGUGCGGCAGGAAAUCGAGCAGGAGACAGAUCGGGUGACAGGCAGCAACAAGGGGAUAUCACCCAUUCCAAUCAACCUGAGGGUCUACUCACCAAAUGUCCUUAACCUGACACUGAUUGACCUCCCUGGGAUGACCAAGAUUGCUGUGGGUGACCAGCCCCUGGACAUCGAGUUCCAGAUCAGAGACAUGCUCAUGCAGUUCGUUACCAAGGAAAACUGUCUGAUUCUGGCAGUGUCCCCUGCCAACUCUGACCUAGCCAACUCUGAUGCCCUGAAGAUAGCCAAAGAAGUUGAUCCACAAGGCCUACGCACAAUCGGUGUCAUCACAAAGCUGGACUUAAUGGAUGAAGGAACAGAUGCCCGUGACAUCCUGGAGAACAAGCUCUUACCCUUGAGACGAGGUUACAUCGGGGUGGUGAACAGAAGCCAGAAGGACAUUGAUGGGAGAAAGGACAUCCAAACUGCUUUGGCAGCUGAGAGAAAAUUCUUCCUUUCACAUCCGGCCUACCGGCACAUGGCAGACCGCAUGGGGACACCUUACCUCCAGAAGGUCCUCAAUCAGCAAUUGACGAACCACAUCAGGGAUACACUGCCUGCCCUUCGCAACAAGCUGCAGAGCCAGCUGCUGUCCAUUGAGAAAGAGGUGGACGAAUACAAGAACUUCCGUCCCGAUGAUCCUUCCAGGAAAACCAAAGCACUGCUCCAGAUGGUUCAGCAAUUUGCUGUAGAUUUUGAGAAACGCAUCGAAGGAUCAGGGGAUCAAAUUGACACCUACGAGCUGUCGGGAGGGGCGAGGAUAAACCGAAUCUUCCACGAGAGGUUCCCCUUUGAGCUUGUCAAGAUGGAGUUUGAUGAGAAGGAACUGCGACGAGAGAUUAGUUACGCCAUCAAGAAUAUCCAUGGAAUCAGAACGGGGCUUUUCACUCCCGACAUGGCAUUUGAAACGAUUGUGAAAAAGCAGAUCUUGAAGAUCAAAGAGCCCUGCCUCAAAUGUGUGGACAUGGUUAUCAAUGAGUUAAUCAGUACGGUUAGGCAGUGUACCAAGAAGCUGGGCCAAUAUCCGCACUUGCGGGAAGAAAUGGAUCGGAUCGUGACCACUCACAUCCGAGACCGAGAAGGCAGGACAAAAGAGCAGGUCAUGCUGCUGAUAGACAUUGAGCUGUCCUACAUGAACACAAACCAUGAGGAUUUCAUUGGCUUUGCCAAUGCACAGCCAAGGAGCUGUCAGCUGAGCAAGAAGAAGGCUGCAGGAAACCAGGUGAUCAGGAAAGGGUGGCUGACCAUCAAUAAUAUUGGCAUCAUGAAAGGAGGAUCCAAGGAGUACUGGUUCGUGCUUACGGCUGAGAAUCUAUCCUGGUACAAGGAUGAUGAGGAGAAAGAGAAGAAAUACAUGUUGCCUCUCGAUAAUCUGAAGCUGCGCGACAUAGAGAAAGGGUUUAUGUCCAGCAAGCACAUAUUUGCUCUCUUCAACACAGAACAGAGAAAUGUUUACAAGGAUUACCGGCAGCUGGAGCUGGCUUGUGAAACCCAGGAGGAGGUGGAUAGUUGGAAGGCUUCAUUCCUUCGAGCUGGUGUCUAUCCUGAAAGAGUCGGGCAGCAAACCGAGAAUGAAGAGAAUGGCUCUGGGGACAAUUUCAUGCACUCGAUGGACCCCCAGCUGGAGAGGCAGGUGGAGACCAUCCGCAACCUGGUUGACUCGUACAUGGGUAUUGUCAACAAGACCAUCCGAGACCUCAUGCCCAAGACAAUCAUGCAUCUCAUGAUCAUCAAUACUAAGGAUUUCAUUCACUCUGAACUCCUCGCUCAGCUCUACUCCUGUGCAGACCAGAAUGUCCUGAUGGAAGAGUCUGCUGAGCAGGCGCAGCGGCGUGAGGAGAUGUUACGGAUGUACCAUGCGCUAAAGGAAGCCUUGAGUAUCAUUGGUGACAUCAACACCAGCACCAUUAGCACCCCUCUCCCACCACCUGUAGAUGACUCCUGGCUGGGAGUCAGGGAAAUACCAUCUGGGAGAAGAUCUCCGACCUCAAGUCCAACACCACAGAGAAGAGCUCCUGCCGUUCCCCCUGUCAGGCCUCUGUCCCGUGGCCCUGCCCCUGGUCCACCACCUCCCUCUGGACCACCUCCUCAAGGACCACCUGGCAGUGCCCCGCCAAUCCCAUCUCGACCUGGGACCGACUCAUUUGGGGCUCCACCUCAGGUCCCCUCCCGGCCUAACCGAGCUCCGCCCGGCGUCCCCAGGGACCGGCAGGGGUUCUAGCUGACCCGGACUGAACUGCUCUGGGACCAGUAUGGGUUCCUACAGGGGACAAACAUCCAGGUUCUGUAAAUUGCCUUGCUACAUAAUGUGCAUCGCCAUAUAAAGAAGCAUUGACACACAUCACUAAAACUAGCUAAAAGGCAAGCAAUGUCUAGACCAGUGAGAUUCGUGACACAACCUGGUGGGGUAGAUGGAGUCUUAUAGUCCCUUCUCCUGUGAUUUGGGUUUCCUUGGGGCUUUUGGUUGGGAGAUACUGUCAGAGUUGUUGCUUGGGGCAAUGUAUCCCUACCCCUUCCUUCCAAGUGGGAAUACUACCGGAAGGAUGGGGAGCUCUGUCUCCAGAGAUGAAACAAACAGGCUUCUAGGAAACUAAAGGGCCUGUGUGGAACUUCCAGUCCUGAACUUACUCCAUUCCCAUUUGCUGAUGGAUGGUUCUGCCUUCAAUCAGAAAACAUCCAGGACUGGAAAUGGGCAACCGAGUGUACAAAAAGGCCUCAGGCUGAGGCAUUCUCCAGCAUUGUUACUGAAAGCACUUCUCCCUUUACCCAUGGAGCAGGACCACUUCUGUGAGUCUGACAGAAGGUGAGUGAAUACCACUGGUCCAGACAAUGAAUGUCUGUCCUCUCUAGGCACCUGUACCUUUUUGUUUGUGAGGGCCUUGUUUUGAGCUUGUUUGUGCGAUGCAGGAUUGUCCACAGCAGGAGAGAGCUCUUCACAUGUGCUUUUUGUCUUCAUGAUCUGUAACCUUUGACCUUGCCUGUCUGCCAUCUUUAUUUGAUAUUAUCUUUCAGAAUAACAAUAAG